CGGCACCGACCGUCAGUUCGUUCAUUAGCGCAUCAGCACAGGAUCAGCAGCCACACACCAGCCGCAGACCCGCCGCAGUCGUUCAGUUCUUUUUUCCAUCGUAAACCGGUUCUAAAACUCAAACCAGCAAAAUGUGUGACGACGAUGUAGCAGCUUUGGUUGUCGACAACGGCUCCGGUAUGUGCAAGGCUGGUUUCGCCGGAGAUGACGCUCCCCGUGCCGUCUUUCCAUCCAUCGUCGGCAGACCACGUCAUCAAGGUGUCAUGGUCGGUAUGGGACAAAAAGACAGCUACGUAGGAGAUGAAGCCCAAAGCAAACGUGGUAUCCUUACUUUGAAAUACCCCAUUGAACACGGAAUCAUCACCAACUGGGAUGAUAUGGAGAAAAUCUGGCAUCACACUUUCUACAACGAAUUGCGUGUUGCCCCAGAAGAGCACCCAAUUCUGUUGACCGAAGCCCCAUUGAACCCAAAGGCUAACCGUGAAAAGAUGACCCAAAUCAUGUUUGAAACCUUCAACACACCCGCCAUGUAUGUUGCCAUCCAAGCUGUACUCUCCUUGUACGCUUCCGGUCGUACCACUGGUAUUGUCUUGGACUCUGGUGACGGUGUCUCCCACACAGUACCCAUCUACGAAGGUUACGCUUUACCCCAUGCUAUCCUCCGUUUGGACUUGGCUGGUCGUGACUUGACCGACUACUUGAUGAAAAUCUUGACCGAGAGAGGUUACAGCUUCACCACCACCGCUGAACGGGAAAUCGUCCGUGACAUUAAGGAGAAAUUGUGCUAUGUCGCUCUGGACUUCGAACAGGAAAUGGCCACCGCCGCCGCUUCCACCUCAUUGGAGAAAUCUUACGAAUUACCUGACGGACAGGUCAUCACCAUCGGAAACGAACGUUUCCGUUGCCCAGAAGCCUUGUUCCAACCUUCCUUCUUGGGAAUGGAAUCUUGCGGUAUCCACGAAACCGUAUACAACUCCAUCAUGAAGUGCGACGUUGACAUCAGGAAGGACUUGUACGCCAACACUGUACUCUCCGGAGGUACCACCAUGUACCCUGGUAUUGCCGACAGAAUGCAAAAGGAAAUCACCGCUUUGGCUCCCAGCACAAUCAAGAUCAAGAUCAUUGCCCCACCAGAACGUAAAUACUCCGUAUGGAUCGGUGGUUCCAUCUUGGCUUCUCUGUCCACCUUCCAACAGAUGUGGAUCUCCAAACAAGAAUAUGACGAAUCCGGCCCAGGCAUUGUCCACCGUAAAUGCUUCUAAGUCAUCACCUCCCACAACAUACAAAAUCAAAAUUACAAUCACGCUUUAUGUUCAUUUAUACUGAAGAAAACCAAUGUGUUUUUUCUUUUUGUACAUAUCGAGACGAUUUUUGCGUCGUUUUACACGGGGAUAAAAUAACAGUUCAAUUUUUGAAAAAAAAAAAA